CCACCUUCUCCUCCCCCUGCCCUCCCCCCCACCCAGUGAGCAGCGCUGCUGCCGCCUCGCUGCUGAGCGGGGCUCGGCCGGGAGCGAUGCGGCCGGGGUUCACAUUCUGAAAACCAUUUGAAGAUAUUCUGCCAUCCUAUUGGAUUACUGUGUUUACAGCACAGAAUGUUAUUCUGUCUUGGAUUUAAUAUGGUGUUUAUGAUUUAAUUCCCCUUCUCUGUAUGUCUAUGUAUUGGUGAAGCAUUGGAGCUCUGCAGGGCUGCCGUUACUUGUGUGGAAACGGAUCCAUUUUGAAUUCCUUCCAAAGGACUAGACAUUGCUAGCAAUGAGCUCCCAAAGCCAUCCAGGUUUUGACGUCAUUAUCAUGAAGGUCAUGGAACUGGAACGCUUCUGCGGUGAGGCAUGGUGCUAGUACAGAGAUAUAUUCUGGAGGCAGAUGAGUUUCCUGUCACUGGAAUCUUUUUUUAACAGAGAGAAGUUUAACAUAACUUAUUGUCUAAUAUCAAGAUCACUGUACAGUUUCCAGCACCAGUAAAAUAACAGAUGGACUUUCUGGCCGAGAUCAGCCAGUAGAGCUGCUAAAUCCACCUAGAGUGAACCAUAUGCCCAGUUCUGUUGAUGUGAACACAGCACUGCCCUUGCAAGUUGCACCAACUUCGGUCCCCAUGGAUCUCCGCUUGGACCACCAGUUUUCCAUGCCAGUGACGGAACCUACACUCCGAGAACAGCAACUCCAGCAGGAACUCCUGGCUCUCAAACAAAAACAACAAAUUCAGAGACAAAUCCUUAUAGCUGAGUUCCAGAGGCAGCAUGAGCAACUUUCCCGUCAGCAUGAGGCUCAGCUACAUGAACAUAUAAAACAGCAACAGGAAAUGCUAGCAAUGAAACAUCAGCAGGAGCUCUUGGAGCACCAGAGAAAGUUGGAGCAACAUCGACAGGAACAAGAGCUGGAGAAGCAGCAUAGAGAACAGAAACUACAACAGCUAAAAAACAAAGAGAAAGGAAAAGAAAGUGCAGUGGCAAGCACAGAAGUAAAAAUGAAAUUACAAGAGUUUGUCUUAAAUAAAAAGAAAGCUUUGGCACACCGGAAUCUCAACCAUUGCAUUUCCAAUGAUCCCCGCUUCUGGUAUGGGAAAACGCAGCACAGUUCUCUUGACCAGAGUUCCCCCCCACAAAGUGGAGUAUCAGGCACCUACAAUCACCCUGUACUGGGGAUGUACGAUUCCAAAGAUGACUUUCCACUCCGAAAAACAGCAUCUGAACCCAACCUGAAGUUACGAUCCAGAUUAAAGCAGAAAGUUGCUGAAAGACGGAGCAGUCCCCUGUUACGCAGGAAAGAUGGCCCAGUGGUUACUGCUCUGAAGAAGCGUCCCCUGGAUGUCACAGACUCUGCAUGCAACAGUGCUCCUGGAUCUGGUCCCAGUUCUCCAAACAACAGCUCUAAUAAUAUAAGUGCUGAGAAUGGAAUUACAGGAUCAGUCACAAGUAUUCAAGCAGAGACCAGCCUGGCUCACAGACUAGUGAAUCGUGAAGGCUCAGUAACACAGCUUCCUCUGUACACAUCUCCUUCCUUGCCCAACAUAACGUUAGGCUUGCCUGCAACUGGACCUGCAAGUGGGGGAUCAGGACAGCAGGAUGCCGAGAGACUUGCUAUUCCAACCCUACAACAGCGGCUUUCCUUAUUUCCUGGCACUCACCUCACUCCUUACUUGAGCACUACGACGUUGGAAAGGGAUGGGGGAACUUCACAUAACUCUCUUCUGCAACACAUGGUCUUACUGGAACAACCAACUGCACAAACUCCCUUAGUCACAGACUGGUAUCUUUCAGGCUUGGGGCCACUGCCCCUCCAUGCACAGUCUCUGGUUGGUGCAGAUCGGGUCUCCCCCUCAAUACACAAACUCCGGCAACACCGCCCCUUGGGGCGCACGCAGUCUGCUCCCCUUCCCCAGAAUGCCCAGGCCCUCCAGCAGUUAGUGAUCCAGCAACAGCAUCAACAGUUCCUGGAGAAACACAAACAGCAAUUCCAGCAACAGCAACUUCACAUUAACAAGAUGAUACCAAAACCGAACGAGCCAGCCCGCCAGCAUGAAAGCCACCCUGAGGAGACAGAAGAGGAGUUACGAGAACACCAAGCGCUUUUGGAGGAGCCAUACAGUGACCGAGUCUCAAGCCAAAAGGAGAUGCAAGGGUUGGCCAAUAUGGUGCAGGUGAAGCAAGAGCCCCUUGAGAGCGAUGAAGAGGAAACAGAGCCACCACCGGAACUAGAGCCAGGGCAGAGGCAAGCUGAACAGGAGCUGCUCUUCCGUCAGCAAGCCCUUCUACUGGAGCAGCAACGCAUUCACCAGCUGAGAAACUACCAGGCAUCAAUGGAGGCAGCUGGCAUCCCAGUGUCUUUUGGAGGACAUCGGCCUCUGUCUCGUGCACAGUCCUCACCUGCAUCUGCCACCUUCCCCAUGUCCGUACAGGAGCCACCCACUAAGCCAAGGUUCACAACAGGCCUUGUCUAUGACACCUUGAUGCUGAAACACCAGUGUACCUGUGGAAACACAAACAGCCACCCAGAGCAUGCAGGGAGAAUCCAGAGCAUCUGGUCCCGGCUUCAAGAGACAGGCCUCCGUGGCAAGUGUGAGUGUAUUCGUGGAAGAAAAGCAACUCUAGAAGAGCUACAGACAGUUCACUCGGAGGCGCAUACGCUGCUGUAUGGCACAAACCCUUUGAACAGACAGAAACUGGACAGCAAGAAACUUCUAGGUUCUAUAACAUCAAUGUUUGUCAGGCUCCCUUGUGGUGGUGUUGGAGUUGACAGUGACACAAUUUGGAAUGAAGUUCAUUCAUCUGGUGCUGCUCGCCUGGCUGUGGGCUGUCUCAUUGAACUUGUUUUUAAAGUGGCCACAGGAGAAUUGAAGAAUGGAUUUGCUGUUGUUCGACCUCCAGGUCAUCAUGCUGAAGAGAGUACACCCAUGGGGUUCUGCUAUUUUAAUUCGGUGGCAAUUGCAGCCAAGCUUCUCCAACAGAGACUCAACGUUAGCAAAAUCCUUAUAGUGGACUGGGACGUGCACCAUGGGAAUGGUACUCAGCAGGCUUUCUACAGUGAUCCUAACGUUCUUUAUAUUUCACUACAUCGCUAUGAUGAUGGAAACUUCUUCCCAGGCAGUGGAGCUCCUGAUGAGGUCGGCACAGGACCAGGAGUUGGUUUCAAUGUUAAUAUGGCGUUCACUGGUGGCCUCGAACCACCGAUGGGAGACACAGAAUAUUUGACUGCUUUCAGAACGGUAGUAAUGCCAAUUGCCAAUGAAUUUGCCCCAGAUGUUGUGCUGGUGUCAUCUGGUUUUGAUGCAGUGGAAGGCCAUCCUACACCUCUUGGAGGAUAUAAUCUAUCAGCAAAAUGCUUUGGGUACCUGACGAAGCAGCUGAUGGGAUUGGCCGGAGGUCGAAUUGUUCUGGCCCUCGAAGGAGGUCAUGACCUGACAGCCAUUUGUGAUGCGUCUGAGGCAUGUGUUUCUGCUUUGCUGGGAAACGAGCUUGAUCCUCUUCCAGAAAACGUCUUGCAGCAGAGGGCAAAUGCCAAUGCAGUGCAUUCCAUGGAAAAAGUAAUUGAGAUACACAGCAAGUAUUGGCAUUCUCUCCAGCGUUACUCCUCCACGGUGGGGUACUCCUUGAUCGAGGCACAGAAGUGUGAGACUGAAGAAGCAGAAACAGUAACAGCCAUGGCAUCUCUGUCAGUGGGCGUGAAGCCAUCUGACAAGAGACCAGAUGAUGAACCCAUGGAAGAGGAGCCUCCCCUGUAGCAUUCACCUUUGAACUGGAGUUCUCCUGUUUGUUCGUCUUUGUCUUGAAGCUCUGCCAAGAAGCUUUCUCUUGUUACUCCUGCGUCCUGUCAUGGUUUUCUUACAGAAUACAGAAGGGACAACCAGGUGUAAAACACAGCAACAGAAAAAUCUCUCCAUAUAUAUACACACGUAUACAGUAUAUACAGAAAAGGAAAAAUGCUGGUGAAGAGCAGCAGUGUUGAAGACAAGCAUGUAUGCUGGGCACUCUUCUUCUGCUCCUCAAUGGAAGCCAUAAGGGGAACAAAGCCCAUGAAAGUCUUUGGCAAAGUUGUCAGUUUUUUUCUAAAAAUAAUAAUUAAAGAUUCAACAACACAAAAACAAACAAACUUCAUUUAAAACUGGUGCUUAAAGUUUGAUUACCCACAAUUCAGCAAUCUCCGUUUGAACCACUCAACCCAUCUUGUAGUUUUGUUUCUUGGAUUUUUUUUUAAAUGGCUCUCGCCUACCUGUGAGUCGGACAUUCUCUUCAAAACCAGAACAAAUGCAAGAUGGUGUAUUUUUAAUGGGGAGGGUGGGGGAAAGAGGACUAGUCUAUAUAUAUAUAUACACACAUACACACACACACACACAUAUAUAUUUAAAAAAAAUACAAAAAAAAAAAAAGAGGAAAUGGAGCUCAGAAGGAGUCGGCUUUAGUAACUCCAAAGCCAUCUGAAGAUGAGUUUGUGCCUUUUUUUUAAUUGAGCUGAUGGAUUUGGUGCAGCUGGAUUUUCUGAAGUUUGAGGAACAAUGCCUUAAGAAAAAGAACAGCAGCAGUUUGUCAACAUAUUUCCUCUGGGAAAGCCAAGAACUGCCAUCGGGAAGGAAGACUGGUUUGUGCUGGCAUGAUUACUGGAAGCAGGCAUCAGCUGGAUAGAGCAUCUCCAAAACUGUCUGAAGUUUGGAUUUUUUUUGUUUUGUUUUAUUGCUGUGGGGAAAAAAAUUAAGGUAGUUGCCAAGGAAGUGGCAAAUACUGUUGGAUUUUUGAAAUUCAACCAAUAUUGAAAACACAUUUUCAAACAUUUCUCUCUCAGACAUUAUGUAGAAAUUGAAUUUACCAAUCUGGUUGUUGAAGCAUGCAAUAGACACAACUGCAGUUUUAAGAUUGGAAUGCUUUUCAUUAAAAGCAACUCGCAUGAGAUAUUGCUUAAAUUGUUAGGUGAGUGUGAGUGUGAGUGUGUGUGUGUGUGUGUGUGUAUGUGUAUAUAUAUAUAAAUAAAACAAAUGUAUUCCAAGCUUAAAAAUCUGAUUCUUAUGAAUUAUUGAUAAAUAUUUAUAAUGCAUUUAUAUAAAAUAUAUAUAAUAAAUGCAGACUGUAAAAGUAGCCAUUGAAAGGUCUCUAAUGAAAGAUUUAUUUGUUAAUUGGAAUGUAAAGGUGCUUUUGGAGAGGGAUCUAGUUUGAAACUUGAGCAUUUUCAAACUACAGUUUGGAAAGUUUUCAGAACACCAACACAUUAGCCACUGGGCAACUACCCUAAACAUUUGUAUUUUAAUUUAAGGUUUUCUAACAAAAAAAUGAGUUUUUAAGCAAAGAUUAUGAAUUUCCUGUUAAUUUUUAUAUUGAUAUUUCACAAAAACCCUAAAGAAGCCUUGUUUGUGUGAAUCUUACAUUUAUUUUACAUUGGGCAGUUGUUUUUCUGAAUGGUAACAAUGUCAACAUUUUUCUUCCCUAAUCUCAUGCAUGUACAUUACUUUCUGUGGGGAUUAUUUUAAGUCUCUUGUACAGUGAGCAGCUUUUCACAGAUGUAAGGAACUGUUGCAGAUUGUCAGAGUUUAUUUUCAGAAAGCGUGCAUUUAACUAAAAGAGGGGAAUCCAAUGGUCUCUUUUGUAUGAUACCAAUGAUUGUAUAUUUCCUCAGUUCUGUGAUAGAAGCUGUGUAAAGAAAAUAAGGAGUUUUACCUUAAGCAUAGUAGUAUUACAAUGGGUAAUGUAUCAUAUCCUCCAUGUGGAUUGUGGUGAGGAUUAUAUAUGGCAUUAGUAGCUACCAUAUUGAAGGCUUGCCAGACACUAUUGAGGCAACUAGCAUUCACUCACGCACACUAAGCAAUCUUUCUGAACCACCAUUGCUAGAAUUGUAAUUUUAGUCCUCCAAAGAACUUUUUUUUCAAAUUUAUUUUUAAGAUGAAGUCAUUGUUGGGUGAGAGAGUUUUAAUCUUCAGCUCCCUUGAUUUUUUCCCUAUUGCCUUUCGGAGCUGGCCCUCAGUAUAAGCAGAUAAUCCUUGAGUUGUGGAGUUAAGUGACUAAAGGAGACCAAAUUGACACAUGUACCUUUUCAAAGCAGAGUAGGAUAGUACAGAUCCUUUAUCUGAACAACCAAGGGUAUUUUUAAUUUUUUUUUAUUAUUAUGACAACUGACAGGGUCAUUUUGUAUUAACUUAUUUUCCAGUUCUUGAUGUAGGUUUUUCAUUCCAUUCAGAACAUACUGAAUUCAGGCUUGUGGAAAGAAUUUGAAACAUACCAUACAAGUGAGCAAGCGCAAGAGGGUUCUUUGCUUUGUUUUACAAUGCAAUUUAAAAAACAGACACUACUGUAUUUGAGUUUGCUAACCCAAGUACCUUUAAAAUUAUGAAAUGUUUUGGUUAUUAGAACUGUCUUCAGCAUAUUCUAACAGUAAGGUUCAAAUAUAAAAAUGCAAAAUAUGUGUAUGCAUUGGUUUUUUAAAUGACCACUUUGCUGCUGUGAUCUAAAACAUAAUUUGGCUGUGGAAUCCUGUGAUUUCAUAUUUUAAAUCAUUUACCCAUUCAUAAAUGUUGGCAAUAUCAACAUAUACACGAUCCUAUUUGUAUCUAGACCGUCCUAACCCUUUUUUUAUUAACAAUCUUGGUAUCACUUGUGGAAAAUAUUUGUGUUCCUCUUUCCUUGUGAACAAUUGCUGACAGAUUGAGUUGAUUUCUUUAAAAUUAGAUGAUUGGCAAUAGUCUGAAAUAUUCAGUACACUUCCAUCUUGUCACUUUCAAGAUGCAUUGUUCAUUUAUUUUAAAUCAUUUCAUUAAGUUAUUGCCAUCAAUGGAAAGACUUACCAAGACUUCACAACUCAUCAGUCUACUCCAAAGUCUAGAUCACUUGGAUUGGCUAAAACCUUACUUGGCUACACUCACUCAACAGGCCAUGUCUGGGUGCUCCGUGGCCUGUCUGACCUUGACUGGUGCAGAUAGAAGGGAAAGGAGGUCCUUGUUUUGGAGAUCCUCGUUUUGGAGACCACCAUUUUUUCACCUCUUGAGCUUUUGGCCUCUUCAUUUCAGUAGCCUUCUAAGAAAAUGUUGCUCAGCCCUGGGUCAGUGAGCAUCCAGUCCUGAGGGGAAUGCUAGCAAACUCUCUGGAGUAGCCACCAAAGAGGUGCAUUGCAGGUAGAUUAAAUGAGCACUCCUUCCCUUUCCUUACUAUUUCCCCUCCUGAACCCAAACAUGAUGCACUUCAGCUCCACCAGCAAGAGACCAGAAGUUGUGCCAGCAACACAGUGCAUCACUUUGUAGCCAAGCCUUUGGGGUAGCCCAGUACAAUAAUAAUUUUUUUCUUUUGCCUGUUUGGAAACUAAGCAACAUCUUCAAAUUGUUUUGCAGAGAAGCGAGUCCCAGUUUGCAGUACACAAUUGAUCAUUUUGUUUUUUACUUUCGAUACGAAACAUUCCUUUUUUAUUAGUCGCAGUCAUGUAUUCAUUCCAUUCUUCCUUUUUGUAAACUUUUUGGGCCCAUGUGUUUUAUGGGCAUUGAUAUAUAUAAAUAUAUAUAUAUAUAUAAAUAUAUAUGAAUAUAUUUUUUUAAGUUUCCUACACCUUGAGGUUGCAUGGUCUGUAAGGUUGGCAUGUCUUUAUAUUGUCUACAGAUUUUGCACGCCAAACUUGGCAGCUUUGAAAAACAAAAUUUCCCCUCUCAUGGGAUUUGCAGAGACAAAGGUUGAGGCAAUUUUCUGUCAAACACACACAAAAAAGGAAGGAGAGUGGGGGUGGGGGGAAUUGCAUCUUACUGAACUUAAGAAAUUGUGCUUUUUAUUGUAAAAAGAUAAAUAAAAAGGACUACUUAUACAUUUCUCAUUUUAAGAAGAAAAAUUUUAUCUAGCACUUGUGACAUACCAAUAAUAGAGUUUAUUGUAUUUAUGUGGAAAACAGUGUUUUAGGGAAACUACACAGAACACACAUAGUAAACUGCCUGUGUCAUUUUAAAACAAAAAUUUGGUUGGGUUUUUUCUUUUUGUUGACUUUUUUGUUUUGUUUUUCUCUUCGCUGGGAGGGCGGGGAGUUGGGCUCAUUCCUUUAACACAUCUAAUCAUUCAUUUUGAGGGGAAAAAAGGAUUUUAAAGGGUUAAGUCUUCAGCACAGCUGUGUUAACUUUUUUAAUUACUUUGAAAUGUCUCACUAGAUUUCACUUUAAACAGUCGUGUACUGUGCAAGCACUGUGGUUUAAAAUAAGACUUUACAUCAAAAGGAAUAAAAAUGUUUCUUCAUUGUGACGAAGCUGGGCUUGUUCUCAGCUCUGCUUCAUGUACUUUGAUAUUGAUGAAAAAGUAUCCUAUUGAAAGAAAAUAAAUUAACACUUUUCUGUGCUCCAUAGUGGAGGCGCUAUUUUCCAAUUUAUGAGAAUGACAAACUUAUAUAUAUAUAAUAUAUAUAUAUAUAUAUAUAUAAAAGGGGGGGGGGGAUGGGUUUGAACAUUAUUCACCCAAGAGCUUAUUACAGAUAUGUAGUAUCAAAGUUGUAACUAUAUUAUAUUCUACUUUAUACCUAUACAUGCUCAGUAUGAUGUCACCAUUGGUAGCAGCUACCGGUUUACUCUGUAAUUUAGACACAAUUUCACUCUUAUUGUAUGGACCCUACUUUAAGUGAUGGUAGCAUUCUUUGUGCUAAAAUUUUCUGAUGGUCCUUUCUUUUACUUGGUGGAGUUGGAAUUUUUUUUUCUCAUUCUUGUUUUUGUUUUAUUUGUUUUUUUGGUUUUGUUUUUUUACUGGCCAAUGGUGUCUUUCUCCGACAGUACCAAUUUCAAUUUCAACUUUAUUAGGAGUCCAGUAUUUUGUACCACAUUAUGACAACUUGUUAUUCUUGUGGUGUAAAUAAAAAGAAAAAGUUAAUUAUAA